UUCAGACAAUCUUAUUUUCCAGCUUCAUCACUGAACACCAAAGAGAUUUUCCACAACAGUCUCCAGGUUUCUGCUUUGGUGGAAGAUGGCAAUGAUGGUCGUUUUGGCAGCAGUGCUUCUCACUUAUGGAGUCUCUACAGGAAUUGCAAUGGAGGCAGGUACAUCUAGUGCUGUAGCUGGGGAAAACAGUGUGCUUCCACUGGACAUGGCUGAAAACUCCGUUGACGACAUGUACUACAGGUGCAAAGAUCAAAUGAAGAAGAGGGUAUCGGCAGACCUGGAGGAUGAGAAGAACAAAGACCAAAAAUUCAAAAAGGUCUGGGAGAGCUCAAAUGAUCUCAGAAAUUUUAAGGAGGGGACCCACUCACUAAGAAGAGAUCAGAUUGUAGCUAUUUCUUAUUACACCUCUGGCGAAGACAAUGCGUAUCUUGAUUUCAACACUGCAGUUCGAACCCAAGGACCUCAGUAUGAGACCACAUUCAGGUAUCACGCACUUCACUUUCUCCUGACUACUGCCAUUCAAGAUGAAAGAGCCUUUGAGGAAAAACUAAGAAAUACAAAAUAUUGUCUCACUGGCUACCGUAGAGUCAACAGGUACUUUAGCCAACCUGUUAUAAACACACAGUUUCGCUUUGGCUCUUUCACCUCAGCCACCCUGAAUAAGCUUUACCCUAACAAAGAGUUGUUCGGAGAGAAGUCAUGCUUUCAGAUUGAAACGUGCAUGGGAGUAGAUGUCUCCAUCUAUUCUAAAUUUGAGGACGCAGAAGCAGAAGUGCUGAUUCCUCCCUAUGAGGUCUUUGAAGUCGUAGAGAUAAAGAAGAGGUUAAAGUCAGAGCUUCCAUGUGAGGUGGUCUAUAUAGUGAAGAGUACAAAGACUCCUGUUUCCAAGUUGGAUUGUUCUCUUUUUCCGAAUUCUGCAUAA